ACGCAAAUAGGAGUUUCAUUGAUCCGCGUCGUUUCUCCUUUCCCGGUUCACUCUCGUCCCACGGUAGGGCGAUGAGGCUGACUAAAAAUCGUCUCCUCAGAUGAUGAUAGAGGCUGCUGCUGAUUGAAGCAUCGUUCUAAGCUGCCUAUACAACCAGAGACCAAACAUGAACGCGGCAUUUAUUGCUCUAACAGCCGCGCUUUUUGCUGCGAAUAGUGGCUUCUGUUAUUCCAGUAGCGUCCCUUCAUUCAUCCUGCCGUUCACUGACUGCGUCCAGAGCCGUGGGAAAGGCGGUUUCUACCAGGGAGCGAUAGACGUCACCGAGUCCGGCACCCGGUGCAUGAACUGGACAGAAGUGGACGGCUUCAGGGAACGCAACCCGGGCAAAGGAAUAGGGGAGCACAAUCACUGUCGCAACCCGGACGGCAGGAUUCGACCCUGGUGCUUUUUCAGGAACCACAAAGGCAGAGUGGACUGGGGGUACUGCGACUGUAAACAAGGCUCUGUGCGUCUGCAAGGAGGCCGCUCCAAGCUUGAUGGCAGGGUGGAAGUCUAUCUGGGAGGAGUAUGGGGGUCUGUCUGUAGCGAUGACUGGGGGGACGAAGAUGCUGCAGUGGUUUGCAGACAGCUGGGCAAGGGGAUCUCAGGUCGUGCACGUGAAGUUCCCCUGUUUCGGCCAAGCAUGGCCAAGCUCCAUUGGAGGGCAGUCCAUUGCCAGGGAGAGGAGCCAGACCUGCUCCAGUGUCCUAAGACUACUUGGAAUGGAGGGGAAUGUCCUCAGGCUGCAGCCAUCACUUGCAUACAGCAGCAAGCGGUAGUGGUGCUCCCUAUACGGCUGGUGGGUGGUCGAUCAGGGUCAGAGGGCGCAGUGGAGGUCUUCCAUGCGGGGCAAUGGGGUUCCAUAUGUGAUGACCAAUGGGACGACAGUGAUGCAGAAGUAGUGUGUCGACAGUUGGGGCUGAGCGGUGUGGCAAGGGCAUGGGGCCAGGCACAUUUUGGCAAGGGUUCAGGCCGUGUGUGGCUGGACGAGGUGCGUUGCACAGGCAAUGAGCUCACUCUGGAGCAGUGUCCAAAAAGUGCCUGGGGGGAACACAACUGUCUGCACUCUGAAGAUGCAGGAGUGUCCUGUAACCCUCUUACAGAUGGUUCCGUUAGGUUGGUAGGGGGCACAAGCAGCUACGAGGGACGUCUAGAAGUAUUUUACCGUGGUCACUGGGGAACCGUGUGUGAUGAUGGCUGGACAGACACUAACACACACGUCGUGUGUCGACAACUUGGUUACAGAUUAGGUGAGACUCUCCUCUCCGACGGACUAGACAUCACACCAGUCCCACGCUUUGGGGUGGGGUCAGGUCCCAUUCUCCUGGAUGACGUGAGCUGCACAGGGAAAGAGCCUAGCCUACUGCUGUGCAACAGGAAGGAGUGGCUCCGUCAUGACUGCACACACCAUGAAGAUGUUAACAUCGCAUGCACCCCUGAUCGCAUGGGAGAGAGUCUUCCAACGAGUGUGCUGGUGAGACUUGUGGGAGGAGAGAGCCCUAGGGAAGGCAGAGUGGAGCUCUAUCUGUCUGGACAAUGGGGGACUGUGUGUGAUGACGGAUGGACUGAUCGUGACGCCGAGGUGGUUUGCCGACAGUUAGGAUACAGUGGUGUGGCAAAGGCCCGUGUGAUGGCUUACUUCGGGGAAGGGACAGGGCCCAUCCACGUGGACAAUGUGAAGUGCAGCGGCGAGGAGCGUUCGUUAGCAGAUUGCAUCAAACAGGCACCCGGCACACACAACUGUCGCCAUAGUGAGGACGCCGGGGUCAUCUGUGACUAUGGUGAAUCGCAACCCAGCUACAAAGAGCUCAAAGAUCCUGUCAACUCAAUUUGUGGUUUGCGGCUCAUACACACUCGCCAGCGCCGAAUCAUAGGAGGAGAAAACUCUCUGAGGGGCGGCUGGCCAUGGCAGGCGGCGGUUCGUUUGCGAGGAUCUCGAGGAGACGGGAGGUUGGUGUGUGGAGCGACUCUCAUUAACACCUGCUGGGUCCUCACCUCGGCACACUGCUUCAAAAGGUAUGGAAACAGCACCAAGCAGUAUAAAGUUAGAGUGGGUGACUACCACACCCUCGUCCCUGAGGAAUACGAAGAGGAGUACGGCGUCGAUCAGAUUGUCCUCCACCCAAGCUACCGCUCCCAUAGUAAUGAUUACGACUUGGCCUUGGUUCGUCUGUCACCGGGGGCAGUGGGCCAGAUGCUAGGAGAGUGUGUGUCAUUCAGCCGUCAUGUUCUUCCCGCCUGUCUGCCCAUGAGGAAAGAGAGAGUGCUCAAACAAGCCAGCAACUGUCACAUUACCGGCUGGGGUGACACAGGCCGCUCAUACUCCAAGACCCUACAGCAGGCACCCCUCUCCUUACUUCCCCGUCGUCAUUGCCAGCAGCAUUUCCACAGUGCCUUCACAAGCCGCAUGCUAUGCGCCGGAAGCAUCCAGUCAGAGAGGCGUGUGGACAGUUGCCGCGGUGACAGUGGAGGUCCGCUGGUGUGUGAGCGUCCGGGGGGGGGUUGGGUGGUUUACGGGGUCACGUCUUGGGGUCAUGCCUGCAGGACACAGCAGUCUCCUGGCGUCUACACAAAAGUCUCUGCCUUCAGCUCCUGGAUACGCAAGGUGAUUGUGCGUGAUGACAGAAAAGAGAACAAGCGAUGAAAGGUGAAUGACAAGUUGAAACAAUUAACUGCUCGAUCAGAAAGAAUGACUCAACUGGUUAGGCGACAACUGAUACAACAAUAGAAUGCAGUCAUGACUAAUUGAUGUCAUGAUGUUGUUCCUGAUGUAAGUUAUAAUCUGACAAAUGGAGAGCAGAGUGCAACGCUGGACUUUUUCCAAAUAUAAUUUUAUUUUAUAUUUUUUGGAGAGAGGAAGGCUUUUCUGUCUUUUCUAAGUCAUUAGCACUUAUUUUAAUGAUUUCAUAUGGAGUUAAAUGUCAACUCAAGGAAACGGCUAACUUAAAUUUAUUUUUGUUGUAUCUGACAUUGCAUACUACACUAAAAUGUUUUCUUUCCAUAAUAGUAAUGUUUUCUGUGAUUGCUUUUGUUAUAAAGUUGUAUUGUAAUUUAUGACGUGAAAUAUGUGAUGAAAAAUGUUGUAAAGGGACCACAGAAAAACAGUAUGCAUGCAUGCGUGCACAGCAAGUAUUUGGUAUGAUAUUACCUUGCAGACCUGCACUAUGAACCCCUCUUUAGGUGCUUAAUGCAUAAUAGUCAGUGCUUUUGUGUUAAGCAUUCUAGUCAUAUUGACAUUGGCCAAACUGAAAUAUAUGUUUCAACAUGAUUUCAUCAUUGUUAUAUGUAAUGUUUCUGUGCUCAUUGUUUUGCUGUGUAAAAAGCAGAUGUCAGGUCUUUGUAAUUACUCAGGCAUUUCCAUAAUUUACAUCAAGUCAGUAUUUGUCCUUGUCUCAGUGCUGCUUGACAUUUUGCAGAGAAAGGAAAGGACUAACGUGUCUCUGAAUCAAAGCACAUGACAGUGUUGAUUUGUCAUAUUGACACUGUUAAUUCAUGUCGUUAAGUGUUGUGGCGGAUUUGACAACACUGAAUGGAGACAAUCUGGUACACUUGAAAAAAAACGACACUGCCUUUUUAUUUGUGUUUACUGUUUAUAUGUUAUGAUUUAAUGUACUGUAACAUUUCUUUAUACAUUUUUGUAAAAAAUGGAAGAGGGAAGGUGGUGAGCUUCAUAUUCUGAACCACUCUGGCCCAGGUGUGGCUCAUGAUGCUGAUGACCCAGGUCCUGCAAGACAAACCAGAAGCCAGCAAGCAAAGAGUACAGAUUGGGUCAAAGGGUCAAUAUUAUAUAGGGAAGUAACAGUUUUUAAUCAAAAUUGAAUUAUAAGUCAACCACACGGGAUGGUUCCACACAUGAACACAGAGGCAGGUAGUUCAUUUAACUAAUAAUGCUAGAGGGGACAACAUUUUGCAGGGGAAUGUUUGUGGGCGUUAAUGUGCAACUCCAUCAGAAUUUAUCUUGGCUUACUUCUGCUGAGAAUUGAUUGCCUUAACCCGAAGAACUGCUCUCAGCUGGAGCACAGUUGUCUGAGGCCCCCCUCCUGUGGUCAUUAUCAUGCAUUACAAAACAUUGGCUAAUGGUUAAUAUAAGGAAAAUCAAACAUCCAAAACCUUCCUAUAUUUCCUGUUUAAAGACACGGUGAUGCUUGAUGAGUAUUUUGACAUAAUAAAACAUGUAAAACAUUACUAACCAUAGAAGACAUAUAUUUCAAAUUAUAAAUGUCCUUUUAUUAUUUGGGCUGAAAUCAAGAUUAAAAAACUAAACAUAUAAAUGAAAUCAAGAAAAAAAAAAACAUGGAUAUAGAGAUAUAAAUAUAAAUCUUAAUUGAAUGAAUGUAAAGAUUUAUUGAAUCUAAGAUUUAAUUUCAUAAUGUCAAUCAUAAAACUGUCAUGGCAGUGUGUUUUUAAUCUGAAUAUUGAAACCCUUUUCCUUAUGAUUUUGCAUUGUUCUUGUGUUGGUUUUGAUGUUCGAUGUUUUCGUCUGCUGAUUUUUUGAUUCUUGGAACUCCAAUUAUUCAAAUCACUCAACAUAGGCAAAUCAAUAUCAAAGUAUUAUGCACAGACAUUCAAAUGAGAUGAAAAGAGGAACCAGAUUGGCUGAUUAUGUAUUUUUCUUUUCGCUAUUCCCACUGAACCUUUAGCCAUAGCUCUCUGCACUAAUGAGCCUAUGACACCAGAGGUGGUGCAGAACAGACGGUCUCAUUAUACACGGAUAAUUUAUUUCUACUAAUAUCUGUUUCCAUCCCUGAAACUCUGGCAACAUGUGGAAAACCCAGUUGGGAAAGAUCUGAGGGUAAUAAUUAAACCUGCAUAAGAGACACAUCACAUUAGCUGCUAAAUGUACCCUCCUCAGCUAGCUGCUUUAGAAGAUGGAUUAAGAAGUUCAUGGAUUUGGGAUUUUGAUUACUUUUAGACUGAUUACAUCUAGAUGUGCAACACUUGAGUAAUGUACUUCCUUUAUCUUUCUAUUAUAAAAUAUGUAUUAUUUAUAAUCAGAUAUUACGUAGACCAAAUUGCAAGUCUAUUCUUUUUAUCAAUAACGAUCUGUUUAAUUAAUGUUGUAAAAACAGAACAUUACAGCCAUUAUAUCAUGUCAAAAAAAUUGAUUCAUAUAUAAAGUAUGCAGUUCAUAGACUUAAUAUGUAAAAACUCCUUCCUGCUAUUAACUGCCCCUGGGAACUCUGCAGUAGAGAUCUAACUCUGCUGUAAAUGAGCCAACUGGAAUACCUGCAAUUAUUUCAGUCCCCUUCACUCACUCAGUUCUGGGAAGCCAUUAUGUAUAUUUCAACUUUCAUCCAUAUCUGCAAAAAGUGGUUCUAUGAGUGUAACAUUUGAGAGUUGCUUAAAAAGAGUAAAAAAAUGCUGACAUUCACAUGCUGUGUGUUUUCCUUCACUCCUGCCUGUCACAGCUCAGUUCAGACCAGAUGAGCAGGCUGCUAAGAAAAGUAAUUUAUUUACAAAAACACAUACAAGUAAUGCAGUUUAUAGGUAUCAGCUAAUCAGUGGUGGACUGCAUGUAUGGUAGAAA